AUGGCGCCAAAUGAGUCUACAGAAGGAGGUCCUUAUAUAGAUCUUGUCUUCAUUAUGAAGUCUAGGAGCACAGCUGGCUACGCCAUAGAAGCAACGCUCUUCGUCCUUAUCAACUUAACUGCCUUGCUAGGCAAUCUGCUCGUCUGCCUUAUUUUUUACCGGAACCCCCGAUUACGAAGCGUCACCUAUCUCUACAUUUUUGCUUUAGCCGUAUCGGACGUUGCCAUGGCGACGUUCUGUAUGCCUCUGGUUUGGGGCGUGUUCUUGGUCGGUGAAUGGAGAUAUCCUCGUGUAGUAUGUGGAAUGCACGGCUUUGCAGUUCUUUUCUUGGCCUUCGUGUCCUUGCAGACUAUAGCUUUACUAGCCUUCAAUCGUUAUUGUCGAGUCGUCAAACCUUGGCUAUUUCGCAGAGUUUUCACUCAACAAUUUGUCCUUUUCUCAUUAACUAUAGUUGUAUUAUCUGCUGCGUUUUUUCUCGGUUUGCCCCUUGUUACCGGAUGGGGAUUUUUUCGUUUUCAUUCCGGCAAGAUCACCUGCGUUCUGGAAUUCCACCAGCCGCUCACUGAUAAGUUAUACACCGGCGUCCUUGGUGUUGUAAACGUUGUUGUCCCGUUCUCCGUCAUAAUAUUUUGCUACACCAAAGUUUUCUUGAAGGUCAAGCAGCACCGGCAACGAUUUUAUUCGAUCACCUCGACCUUGGGACACUACCAUAACUCAAAAAUAAGCAUUGAGGAAAUACGAAUCACCAAAACUCUGUUCGCGAUAGUUCUCGCUUUCACAUUGUGCUGGGUCCCUGUAUUUGUCAUCGAGUUCACAGACUCUGUCACAGGGAACCAUUCUUUACCCAGACGAGUGUACCUUCUAAAUGUGUUCCUAGUGUCCAUUAGCUCUGCAAUCAACCCUGUUUUAUACGGGGUACUCAACAGGACAUUUAGAAUGGAAUACUACAGAAUGUGGCCUUGCUGCUGCAAGUGUGGAGUGGACUUGUGGGAUGUCCCUAAAGAUCAGAAGCAAAUUAGGCAGAAACGACGGGGUACCAGUACCUAUUAA